GCGCAAAUCACGUGAAAUUGUAGUUUUUGUACCUUUAAUCAGGGGGGAAAAGAGUGGUGAAAAUGGAAACUUGGACAAAAACCCUCGCCUUCUUGAUGCUGGUGGUGGUGACAAUGCCCUGCAGAGAGUGCCGACAACCAGUUCUGCACAGGGUUGGAGGUGGCUGCCAUACCUGGCGACCAGACGUUAACUUCACUGAUUGGGCCAGUCAUGAGAUCUUCUUCGUCGGUGACUGGCUCUAUUUCGGUUUCAACAAGUAUCAGUUCAAUGUUCUGCAAGUGAACCAGACAAGCUAUGAGAACUGCAUCGAUACCAACUUAAUCAAGAACAUAACGAGGGGAGGAAGGGAUGUGUUCAAUCUGAGCAAGGCAGAGACAUAUUAUUUCAUUAGCCAACGGAUUUACUGUCUCAAAGGAAUGAAGCUCAGGGUCUGCCCCUCCCUCUCCAAUAUUUCCACCCAAGAAUGGCACCCUACCACUGGAUUCCUUCCCAAAUGGCUCCGCAUUACUCACCAGCUCCAUCCAGACUCAAGUGGUUCUGCCGCUGGCCUCUGCUUUGGUCCGGAUCUUCACCUUUCCACUUUAAGAAAGAUUACCCUCAGCUCAUUUAAUAAAAACCUAUGAUUUUUCUUGCAUUAAAGAAAACUUAUACUC